UUUCUUUUCCUAAAAUUCGGCUCUAAUUUAUCCGUGAACUCUCAUUCACGUCUCUAAGAAUUAAUUAAUGUUGGUUUUGGGUAGGCUUGGGGUUAUAACGAUGAAUUUUGCUGUACUAAUUCUUGCUAUGGUUAUUUUGGAUGGAAGAAGUUGUUUGGUUACGGCGACAAAAGAGACAAAUGCUUCUGAUUUGGGCAAUAAUAAUAAGGGAAUGACCCUUGAUACGGUAAGAGAGUCGUUGAUUAGACAAGAAGAUACAAUCAUUUUUAGUUUGAUUGAAAGAGCCAAGUUUCCAAUGAAUUCCCCUACUUACCAAGAAUCCAAAUCCUGCGUUGGAUUUUGUGGUUCUCUGAUUCGUUUCUUCGUCAAUGAAACCGAAUCCCUCCAGGCUAAGGCUGGUAGGUAUCAAAAUCCUGAAGAGCACGCCUACUUUCCUGAUCAUUUACCACCCUCAUUGGUGCCACCACAUGCCUUUCCACCGGUAUUGCAUGCUGCAGCGGCUUCAAUCAAUGUGAACAACAAAAUUUGGGAUAUAUAUUUCAAGCAAUUGCUUCCUUUGUUUACUGUAGAGGGUGAUGAUGGAAACUAUGCCUCAACUGCCUCUAGUGACCUCAAUUGCUUACAGGCUAUCUCUAGAAGGAUUCAUUACGGAAAAUUUGUGGCUGAGGUGAAAUUCAGGGAUGCCCCGCAUGACUAUGAACCUGCAAUUCGUGCUCGGGAUAGGGACGCUCUGAUGAAGUUGUUGACAUUUAAAACUGUAGAAGAGGCGGUGAAGAAGAGGGUUGAGAAGAAGGCAAUGAUAUUUGGACAAGAAGUAAGCCUUAACACAACUUCCACAGAAAGCAAGGGAAAGCACAAAAUUGAUCCGCAAUUAGUUUCUCGUCUCUAUGAUGAAUGGAUUAUGCCUCUCACUAAAUUUGUUCAAGUUGAGUACCUUCUCCGUCGCCUUGAUCAUUAGAAGUUUACAACCUAUUUUUUAAACUUCAUUCAUUUAUCUAUGUUGACCACAUUAAUAUUGAUUUCUCAUGUUGUUGUGAGGAGGAUAUAUUUAUAUCAUCAAAUUGUAUUUUUUUGAUCAGUAUAUAUAUAUAUAUAUACUAUAAUAAAUAAUUUAUAAGCGAACUAAA